UUAUUCGAAACAACCAUUUCCAUGAUAUUAAACGACUGGUACCAGGUGCUGACGUCAGAGGUAUUAUGCUAGAUGACCAAUUUUCCAGUGCUAUUAUCGAAAAUAAUGUUUUUCAUGACAAUGAUGUGCAUGUCAACAUUGGGGGAGGAAGGAACAAUAUUAUUCGACAGAAUAUUUUCUUCAAUACAUCUAAGUAUUCAAUGCAGAUAGAUGCUAGAGGUCACAAUGGAGGUGGAAACACUUAUGUGUUAAUAGGAAAUUUAAACAUAUUACCAUAUCAAAACGAUCUGUGGAGUCAUCGGUACCCAAAACUCGCUUCAAUUAUGUCUGACAACAAGCCAGGGGACCCAGAAGGGAAUCAAAUAACAGAUAAUAUUUUCCACUCCAUUAAUAAACCUCAUUUCCAUGGACAGCAUAUAGUAUCUGAUGAAAGCAGCUUCUACGCUCCAUUAUACGGAAAUUUUAAACCUAUAUGUCUCCUGAAAGAUUUUGCUGCAGAAACUAGUUUUCCUAGCCCAAUAUUGCCAAAAGAUGUUGGGCCCAGAUACCAAAUAGGGCCUGCAAUAACAAAUUUAGUAAAACCAGCAUUGGGAUAUUUAUCAGGUAUUCCGCCUACACACGGGACAUGUAGAUUAAAAUCCCUGGCUAAGCCACCGGUAUCUAUUUACCUGCCAGACGGAUCUAAACCAAAUGUGUUAUAUAAUGUUUCUAAAACAGGUUGCUGGUUUUCUUUUGAUAAAUGUCCUAAUCAUCCUGCAUAUGAGAAGGCUAAAAGACCUAUAUCCACGCCUUUUUAUCGUGACAUGAUUGCAGAAAUGAAAGAUAACUCAGGAACAGAUGAAACAAUCUGUUUAAACAAAGUGACUGAAAUGAUAUCAAAAUGUGGCAACGGUUCAUCUUUUGCAAUAAUUUUUGGACCAACAGGUGCAAUGACACUUGGCGGUAAUGGAUGUUAUUUUGCAACGUAUGGAUGUCCAAGGGUAAAAUCGAUGGCCUCUGGUUUCAUUAGAGAUGCAUGGGCAGAACAACAUGUUAACGGUGCUCAUGACGAAUCAGCAUGUUUAUCCAGGGCAUUACCACAGUGGAGAUAUUGUGGAAAUGAUCCUGCAUUCCCACUAGCUAGUAUAUAUAAACCUACAGGUCAAAUAAAAGUAGCAGGAGCUGGAUGUUGGAUCAAAACACAGAAAUGUCCAACCGACAAUUCAUUACAGCACAUGUUUUAUGAUAGUUUCGGAGCUACUUAUCUUCGGACAGAUGACGACAUAGAAAGUUGUUUUUCCCGAGCAGAAUAUUUCUGGAGAAAAUGUGGUAGUCAUCCUGAAUAUAAAGUUACAGCAUACUUUAGACCAGCAGGAAAAUCACUAAGUUUUCCAUGA